UUCAGAAGCCCUUAGUAAUCAUUCACGAAACGUUACCGGAAAACGUUGCAAAUGUGGAAGAAAUCACAAUAUAAAUGCUGACAGACAGACAGCCAACUCGCUCAUAAUCUGUACAAGUAGUAGCCCACUCUCAACAUAACCCGUCUCCACGCUUCUCCACAUCUAAUAUGUCGGCACAAUCAUACCAGGCUCUUGUACAGGCCUACUCGCAGCUCGCCACGAGUGAUUAUAUCUCUGCAGCUGCCGCGUCCCUCGUUGUCUACGAAUUCCUGAUCACUAUGGGUGAUGAGAUUAAUAUCAUCUGGAAGAGACCCGUCACUGCAACCGAUAUACUUUUCUGCUCUGUACGGUGGUGUAUGCUCCUCACCGUCGCCCUGGAACUUGCUCCGGCAACCCAGAAUAGCUGCGCGCCACUCGAAAUCGUGAGCUGGAUAGUCACUCUCGUUCAGUUUUUCCAGGUCGCACUCUUUUCCGCCCUGCGUGUCUUUGCAAUCGGGGACAGAAGCUAUGUCUGGUCACUGACGAUAUUCGCACUGAGCAUGGUGCCGUUCGUGACGAAUCUGUACAACAUUGUGGAGUCGAAGUACGGAUCCUUUCAAGACCCGCUCGCCGGAAUGACAUGCAUCCAGGAGCAUAUGUUCUCUGCGCGAACAUUCAACAUGUUCAUGUAUAUCACACGCGGCUCACUCGUCCUCGCCGACACCAUCGUGCUCGUCCUAACAUGGAUCAAGACAUUUGGAAAUUGGAAGACUACCCGUCGCCUCAACAUCAAGGUAUCACUGACAACGUGCUUGCUGCGCGAUGGUACUCUCUAUUUCAUAGCUCUGCUAGCGAUGAAUAUAACCCAACUGCUGACGGACGGCAACUCUGCGGUACGUCCCCGACACGUGCACGGGGUUGAUAGCUGAUGUCAAGCUCAAGAAUAUAGCGAUAUCGCUUGUGGGCACGCUAACGACGAACAUGCCCUCGGUGCUCAUCAGCCGCUUCAUGAUUAACCUCCGGACGGCCGGGUCGGCAACGUCGGACUACACCAUGGACAUGAGUGAUCGACGACAAGGACGAUCGACACUGCAGUUUAGAACGCCGGCAGAUCGGCUGGGCAAUAUAGGCGGCACGCCGCGGGGUGGCUGGAGCGAUGAAUCCUGCGACGAAGAUGAUGACGCACCAGGAGUGGACGAGGAAGAGCAUCGUGAGGCUAGUGCUGAAGCGUGAGCCAGUGUCUGUUAUUGUGCUAGAGUCUAGAGCAUGCUCUGUUCUAAGCCGACAGUGAUAUUGUAACUUACGCCAGUAAGAAAAAUUCGGAGCUUACAAU